UCAAGUUCAUUCUGUAUAAAAUCAUGUCGUACAAAACGUUAACUCUUGCGAUUUUCGUGUUCGUGCUAACAAUCACAACAACUUGUGGUUUGGAGUGUUACUCGUGUAGCGCAUCUAUGGACGAGACCCACACAAAUUACGACUGCUUGUAUUUCUCACCAAAAUACGACGAAAACAAAAGAACCCUCUGUCGGUUUCCUGAAGAUGUUUGUUCUAAGUUCAUAGCCAACCACAACGGCCAGAAAUGGGUGCACCGAGGUUGCGCCUCGCCGACAGUUUGUUCGGACCUCCAUCAGACUUACAACAGGCCCACGGAUCAGUUGAUCGAGUGUCACGAGUGCAGGGAUAAGGAUUUAUGCAAUUCUGCUGUUGUGGGAGAUUUUUCGAUGGUUUUGAUCACUGUUAUUUUUGUUUUAUAUUGCAUAGUUUAAAUAGUGUUUAAUUCAAUACAAUCGUGUCCGUCCUCAUGUAUUAUUGUAGUUUAGAAAAGUUACCAAUAAAUAUAACAAAAUCGGUUACCUUAAA